UGGCGUGAGGGGCUCAGCGCGGCUGCCGGCUGUUUCAGUGCUUUGCAUAAGGCUUCAAAGGAAAUGUUCAGCUGAAAUUUCCUUUCCAGUUCCCCUGCUGCCUCUUUUGUUUGUUUUCAGGGCAAGAGGACGCAGUAUAAAUUGCGUCAGGGGAGGUUCAGGUUAUGCAUUAGGAGGGAUUCCUUCACUGGAAGGGUGAUUAGACAUUGGCAUGGGCUGCCCACGGAGGUGGUGGAGUCACCGUCCCGGAAAGUGUUCAAGGAAAGACUGGACGUGGCACUUGAUGCCUUGGCCUAUUUAACAAGUGAUGAGGCUGACCAAACCUACCUUAUUCACUAAUAUUCCAGUGACUUGUGAAGAAAGAGAUUUGCCAGGCAUUCUAUUUAACCAGCUCAUGAAAGAUGAUCCUUCUACUGUGAAAGGUGCUGAAACUUUGAUGUUAGGAGAAAUGUUGACUUUGCCUCAAAAUUUUGGAAAUAUAUUUCUGGGAGAAACAUUUUCCAGUUAUAUUAGUGUGCACAAUGAUAGCAAUCAAGUUGUCAAGGACAUACUGGUGAAGGCUGAUCUUCAGACAAGUUCUCAGCGUUUGAACCUUUCAGCUUCUAGUGCUGCAGUGGCAGAGCUUAAACCUGACUGUUGCAUUGAUGACGUGAUCCAUCAUGAAGUAAAGGAGAUAGGAACACACAUCUUAGUUUGUGCAGUAAGUUACACUACGCAGACUGGAGAGAAGAUGUACUUCAGAAAGUUCUUCAAAUUUCAGGUUCUUAAACCACUAGAUGUGAAAACCAAAUUCUACAAUGCGGAGAGUGACCUCAGUUCUGUGACAGAUGAAGUGUUUCUGGAAGCUCAAAUUCAAAAUAUCACUACCUCUCCAAUGUUUAUGGAGAAAGUUUCUUUAGAGCCAUCCAUGAUGUACAAUGUUGCAGAACUGAACACAGUUGACAUAGCAGGGGAAAGUGAGUCUACUUUUGGUGCAAGGACAUAUUUACAACCUAUGGAUACACGUCAAUACUUAUACUGUCUAAAACCAAAGCAAGAAUUUGCAGAGAAAGCUGGAGUAAUAAAAGGUGUAACUGUGAUAGGUAAACUAGACAUUGUAUGGAAAACUAAUUUGGGUGAACGAGGAAGGCUGCAAACUAGCCAGCUCCAGAGAAUGGCUCCUGGUUACGGCGAUGUAAGGCUUUCAUUGGAGACAAUACCAGAUACUGUAAAUUUGGAAGAACCUUUUGACAUCACAUGUAAAAUAACAAAUUGCAGCAGUGAAAGGACUAUGGAUCUGGUUUUAGAAAUGUGCAAUACUAAUUCAAUCCACUGGUGUGGAGUUUCAGGAAGGCAACUUGGAAAGCUGCACCCAAGUUCAUCCCUCUAUCUUGCACUUACAUUGUUGUCUUCAGUGCAGGGAUUGCAGAGUGUCUCUGGCCUAAGACUUACAGACACAUUUUUGAAGAGAACAUAUGAGUAUGAUGAUAUUGCACAGGUCUGUGUAGUUUCUUCAGAAAUCAAGCAAAGCUGAAGAAAAAAUUCUGUAGUUUUACUGGGCUUCUUUUUAUUUUGACCAGCUUCUUAAAGUUUUUGCAGUCAUUGUUUUAAAAUGAGUACAAACAAAAUCAAAUCCCUAUAUAGCUGUAAAUGUAAUAAUGAUAACUUAAUUUGUCUGAGCAUUUCUUGAAUGUUUUCAAAUCUUUUAUCUACUAAAAAUAAAACCUUUUAAAAAAGUGUAGUUCUAGCAAAUUAUAUUGCAUUUACAUCAGCUCAGGACAGGGGUAUGAGAUUGAUAGGAAAUACUAACAUUUUGUGCUUAUUUUUCUUAUUUUAAUUUUUUUAAAGUAUUUAAACCCUUUUAAAAUUAUGUCUGAAAGAACUGCUUCAGUUCAAAAAAACUGACCUUUUACAGACAAGUUCCUUGAAUCCAAAUAAUAAAAAAAAAGAAAAUAUAUGGUAUACCUGGAAUUUCAGUGUAUUUGCAUGGUUACAUGUAUAGUCACAGGAAAUAAAACCUGAUAAAGGCAUGAGAUGAAAGAGUGCAGCUGGCACUCUUGAGGCACUAGGAGCUAAGAAGUGGAGUAUAAGCCAAAAACUGUUUGCUGUGCCUCUCUCUUUGAAGAGGAAGCAAUAUGACAAAUCAGUCCCAAUUAUCUGCAAUCAGGAGCAGAGUUGUGUGUCCCUGCAAUACAGGACAUGCAUUUUAUUUUCCAGUUAGUGGGGACCUGAAUAUUAAAAUUGUAGAACUCAGUUUUUUAUUGUUAAAAUAAGGUGGUGCAAAUUAAUUCUUUGCAUCCCAGAGGCAUUUAAAUAGAUUUUUCAGAACAAAAAAGGAAAAAAACCACCCUGCAUUGC